AUGUGCAUGACAAAACCAUACAUGUUUUUGACUUGCCUCAUUCCAGGACCGUCAAGUCCUAAAGCCGGAAUCGAUGUUUAUUUACAACCUUUAAUAGAUGAUUUGAAGAGGUUGUGGACUGGAGAAUGGACAUAUGAUAUAUCUCGCAAACAAAACUUUACUUUGCGAGAUGCCUUGAUGUGGACUAUUAAUGACUUUCCCGCUUAUGGAAUGUUAUCUAGUUGGGGUACGCAUGGCAAAAUGGGAUGUCCAUAUUGCAUGGAAUUUACAAAGGCUUUUACUUUAGAAUUUGGAGGGAAAAGUUUGUGGUUCGACUGUCACCGCAGAUUCCUACCACGAGACCAUGUCUUUAGAAGAAACAAGACUGGUUUCAAAAAAGAUAUACGAGUAAAAGAUUUUCCUCAUCCGCGAUUGUCACCAGAGGAAAUAUGGAAUCAAGUUUCUGAACUGCCAAAAUUUACAAAUUAUGGUGAAGCAUGUAGAAUUCAAGGAUAUGGGGUCAAAUACAAUUGGACAAAAAGAAGUAUAUUUUGGGACCUCCCAUAUUGGAAAGAUAAUUUAUUGCAACAUAAUCUUGAUGUUAUGUAUAUUGAAAAGAAUUUCUUUGAUAAUAUAUUUAACACAGUUAUGGAUGUUCAAGGCAAAACAAACGAUAAUGAGAAGGCUAGAAGGGACAUGGACAUUUUGUGUGAUAGAAAAGAGUUGGAGUUGAAGCCUCGGUCUAAUGGAAAAUUAUUAAAACCUAAGGCUUGUUACAGUCUAACUUCCCAAGAUGCUAAAGCGAUUUGUCGAUGGUUAAAUGAAUUGAGAAUGUCGGAUGAUUAUGCUUCAAAUUUAGCAAGGUGUGGUGACACCAAAACUGGGAAGUUGCAUGGAAUGAAAAGUCAUGAUUGUCAUGUUUCCAUGGAAUGA